AUGACCAAGGGAACUUCCAGCUUCGGAAAGCGUCACAACAAGACGCACACUCUGUGCCGUCGAUGUGGUCGCCGCUCUCUGCACGUCCAGAAGCACACCUGCGCUUCCUGCGGCUACCCCGCUGCUAAGACCCGCAAGUACAACUGGAGCGAGAAGGCCAAGCGCAGAAAGACCGUCGGUACUGGCCGCAUGCGAUACCUCAAGGAUGUCUCCCGCCGCUUCAAGAACGGAUUCCAGACCGGUGUUCCCGCUGGCUCGAAAGGCCCUGGCUCCCUGAAGGCAUAA